AUGGAUAAAGGAAACUUGGUCCAGCUGCUCCAAGCGAGCCAGAUUCCCGACACCGAGAAGGUCAAGGCCGUCACGGCCGAGCUGCAGAAGAACUACUACUCCAAGCCCGAGUCUCUUCUCCUCUUGAUUGAGGUCACCAUCUCCCACGAAGAUGCCGGAAUCCGACAGCUUGCCUCUGUGCAGGCUCUGCGCCUGACUCCCAGGCACUGGGCUAAGCUCCCUGCUGACAAGCGGGAUCUUGCCAAGAAGCACCUCUCCGAGAGCAUUCUGAACGACCAGUCUGCCUCUUCCCGCCACUCCAAGUCGCGUCUCCUUGCUGGCGCUGUCGGCCUCGAUCUCGAGGAUGGCGAGGGCCAGGACUUCGUCCGUGAGCUUCUCUCCCUGAACACCUCCGACAACGUCGCCCACCGCGAGGUUGGCUCCUACAUUCUCUUCGCUCUGCUGGAGAAUGACCCCACACACUUCGCCGAGCAGACCAGCCAGCUGCUUGGUCUGAUCCAGAAGACCAUCGUCGACCCUGCCAGCGCCGACGUUCGUCUCAACUCUGCCAAGGCUGUCGGUGCUCUGCUGAUGCUUAUCGACCCCGAGGAGGAUGCCGAGAGCUUGAACAUCCUUCAGUCUCUCGUUCAGCCCAUGGUUGAGAUCCUCAAGAGCGCCAUUGAGAACGGCAACGAUGACCAGUACAGGGACAUCUUCGAGGUUUUCCAGUCUUUCCUGGCCUAUGACUCUGCCCUCCUGGCUGCCCACCUCAAGGACCUCAUUCACUUCAUGAUCGACCUCGCUGUCAACACCGAGGUUGAGGAGGAUGCCCGUUCCCAGGCCCUGGCCUUCCUCAGCCAGUGCGCUCGCUACCGCCGUAUGAAGAUCCAGGCCAUGAAGGACAUGGGUGCUCUGCUCAUGGUCAAGAGCAUGCAGAUUGUCACUGAGAUUGACAACGAUGCCGACGAGGACGACAACUCUCCUGCCAGAACUGCCCUCAGCCUUAUCGACCAGCUGGCCAGCGACCUGCCCCCUCGUCAGGUUAUUGUCCCUCUUCUCGAGCAGUUCCCCAACUUUGCUCAGAACGCCAACCCUGGCUUCCGCAAGUCUGCUAUCCUCUCUCUCGGUACUGCCGCCGAGGGAGCUCCUGACUUCAUUGCCACUCAGCUCCAGCCUCUGAUGCCCAUGGUCCUCCAGCUGCUGAACGACCCGGAUAGCUCUGUCCGCCACGCCGCCCUCGUUGGUGUCAUUCACCUUGCUGACGAGAUGGCCGAUGAGCUUUCCCCCCAGCACGAGGCCCUCAUUGGUGCUCUGCUCAGCAACCUCGAGGCUGCCGCUGGCUCCUCUGACAAGCAGAACAUCAGCAUCAUCCGUGCUGCUUGCGGUGCCCUUGACUCCCUUAUCGGCGAGGGUCUCGACGAGCAGUUGAUCAAGACCUUCGGCCCCAAGCUCAUUGUCCCCAUGGGCAAGCUUCUUGCUCACGAGGACUUCAGCGUCAAGUCUGCCGCUGCUGGCGCCAUCGGUGCCAUCGCCUCCGCUCUGGGUGGCGAGGAGUUCAAGCCUUACUUCAAGGAGGUCAUGGGUGCCCUUGGCCAGUACGUCAACAUCAAGGACAGCGAGGAGGCUCUUGCUCUCCGUUCUUCCGUCUGCGACUCCAUGGGUCGCAUUGCCGACGCUGUUGGCGCUCAGGAGUUCCAGCCCUACGUCAUGGACCUCAUGAAGGCCAGCGAGGAGGCUCUUGCCCUCGACAACGCUCGUCUCAAGGAGACCAGCUUCAUCCUCUGGGCUUCCCUGUCCAAGGUUUACGGCAGCGAGUUCACCCACUUCCUUCCCGGUGUUUUCAAGGGUCUCUUCGACUGCCUUGAGCUUGAGGAGGAGGAGAUCUCCAUCCCUGGCCUCAAGGAGGAGGACCUUCCCGAGGGUCUGCUCCUCACUGGCGGCAAGAAGCUUCGCGUCAAGUCCGUCGAUGACGAGGACGAGAUGGACGAUGAUGAUGCUGACUGGGAUGACAUCGAUGACUUCACUGGUGUCACCGCCGUCGCUCUCGAGCAGGAGAUUGCUCUUGAGGUUCUCGGCGACGUCAUCACCCACUCUUGCGGUGUUGAUGCCAUCAAGCAGUACCUUGACCAGGCCAUGGAGCGCGUUACUCCCCUCGCCGAGCACCCCUACGAUGGUGCCCGCAAGGCUGCCAUCUCUACUCUCUGGCGCUCCUACGCCCGUGUCUGGCAGCUCAUUGAGGAGCAGACCGGCGCCAAGUGGGAGGCUGGUAUUCCUCUGAAGCACCAGCCCGACUCCGUCCUUGUCGGUCUCGGCCAGAUGGUCGUCAAGGCCACCCUCAGCGUCUGGGCUGAGGACACCGAGCGUGGUGUCAUUACCGAGAUCAACCGCAACAUUGCCGCCACCCUCAAGGCUUGCGGACCCGCUGUUCUCACCCACGAGGACAUGCUCAAGGAGAGCAUGACCGUCCUCGGCUGCCUCAUUACCCGCUCCCACCCCUGCCAGCAGGACCUUGGAGACGAGGAAGAGGAGCAGGAGGCCGAGGGCUCUUCCGAGUUCGACUGGCUUGUUAUUGACACCGCCAUGGAUGUCAUCCUCGGCCUCGCCACCGCUCUCGGCGGUGACUUUGCCGAGAUGUGGAAGGUCUUCGAGAAGCCCAUCCUCAAGUUCGCCAGCUCCCAGGAGGCUCUUGAGCGCUCCACCUCCGUCGGUGUCAUCGCUGAGGCCAUCAAGUACAUGGGCAACGCCGUUACCCCCUUCACUGAUGGUCUUCUGCCUGUCCUGACCCACCGUCUGACCGACGAGGACUCUCUCGCCAAGUCUAACGCCGCCUACGCCACCGGUCAGCUCAUCUUCAACUCCACCCAGACCGACAAGACCAUUCCCCAGUACCCCGCCAUCCUGCAGAAGCUUGAGCCUCUCCUGCAGAUCCAGGAGUCCCGCAUGGUUGAUAACGUCUCUGGCUGCAUCUCCCGCAUGAUCAUCGUUAACCCCAACCCCGAGUUCGUCGAGCGCGUCCUCCCUGCCAUCGUCAACGUCCUGCCCCUCAAGGAGGACUACGAGGAGAACGCCCCCAUCUACCAGGCCAUUUACAAGCUGUACGACCAGCAGAACCCCACGGUCCAGCAGCUCACCCCCAAGAUCCUGCCCAUCCUGCAGGCCGUCCUCAGCCCGCCUGAGGAGCAGUUGGAGCCGGAGACCCGCCAGUUGGUGCAGAAGCUUGCUCAGGCGCUUCACUAA